AUGCUGCUGCCGCCCCGCAGCCCACUGGCUCUACUGCGACGGAUGGCGAUGGCGAUGACGGUGCGGCGCCGUGCGGUGUGCGCCCUGGCGCUCCUUGCGCUGCUCUGCGGCUCUGUCUGCGUAACUGCGGCUGCUGCUUCGGCUGAGGAGGAGGUGGAUGUGUCGGUGGAGGUGUCUUGUGCGGACAGUGAGCAAAAGUUGAGUUGGCGCCUUCCUGGCGAAGCUGCCUGGCAGAAGUGUGCAAUCACUGUGAAGGACUCUUUCUCUAUGAGUGGGGCCAUUGGCGAAGCGGAGAACUCCCUCUGCGCCUGGGCCGGAACUCAGUACACUUCUUCCAGCUUCGACAAGAGUAGAAUCUGCCCUGAAUCCACGGCAGGGAGCACUGCUGCGUUUACGAUGAAGUGCAGGGCGAAGAAGAGCAGCGGGGUGUACAAGCGAUGGCAGAGCGUAAGCAAGACACCCGGCGCCUCGCACGUCGCUGUUUCCGGCGACGAGCCACUCGGCGUGUUGCACACUUGCACCAUGCAACCGUCCAGUGGAGGCGCAGCUGGAGAGGACGA